GACAGUGACAGGGGAAAGGCGAAGGGAAAAGGAAAGGGUGGCAGUCAUUCGUGAAAGCAAACGAUUUACCUGCUCGCUAGCAGUAUAAGGAAAGACAACAUAUGACAAAGGCCUAUAAAAAGGCCACUUGUCGUAAACGUUUUUUUUUGUUGUUGUUUUUUUUUUUUUUUCUCGUUUGUUAAUACAGAAGUAAUGGGGAGGCUAGCGGUUGUGCUGCUAAACUGUGGAAAAAAUUGAAUAAUCAUGGCUGAUAGUAGCACCAGAGGGAUGGAGAGAGGGAGAGGAAGGACUACGACAGACUCUGGCUUGAGAACCUUUUAUCCUCAGCACUAUUAUCCAGCGCAAGGCAUAGAGAUACAGGAACUCGCGUCCAAGCGGGUCGAUAUCCAAAAGAAGAGGUUUUAUCUGGACGUGAAGCAAAGUGCCAGGGGGCGUUUUCUGAAAAUAGCAGAGGUCUGGAUAGGCAGAGGAAGACAAGACAAUAUCAGAAAGAGCAAACUGACGCUCUCCAUGUCCAUGGCUCCUGACUUGAGGUACUGCCUGGGAGAUUUCAUCGAGUAUUAUGCCCGCAUUGGGCUAAGAGGUGCCCAGGGGCAGAGGCAGGAUGAGCAUGGCAACAGCCAGGGUCACCAUCACCAGGACGCAAGGAGAAGGCAGCAACCUCUCCACACAGCUUCCUCCCCCACUGUCUCCCCCACUGUUUCUGAAGAGCACUCUCACAGUGUCCUAAAGAGUGACUUGAUUGAGAGAGACAACAGGAAGUACUACCUGGACUUGAAAGAAAAUCAGCGUGGCAGGUUCCUCCGGAUCAGGCAGACGGUGAGCAGAGGACAUGGGACUAUGGGAUAUUACGGACAGGGCAUAGAGCAGACCAUCGUCCUGCCAGCACAAGGGCUGAUCGAAUUUAGGGAUGCCCUGUCCCAGCUGAUAGAGGACUAUGGGGAGGAAGAUACAGACAACCGCAGCCGAGGAAGAAACCACGAAGAGGCGCCGGAUCUUCCAGAGGGGGUCUCCUUCAGGGUGGACAACAAGAGGUUUUAUUUUGACGUAGGCUCCAACAGGUAUGGCAUUUUCUUAAAGAUAAGUGAGGUGAGGCAGCCCUACCGGAACACAAUCACUGUCCCCUUGAAGGCCUGGUCCAGGUUCGGAGAUAACUUCACCAGGUACGAAGAUGAGAUGAGAAGGAUCUUCAACUGCCAGAAGGAGAAGAGGACAGAUCCCCGAGGAGACAGUGGGGAAGAACAGGAUGACCAUGGCUUAUAAUGUGGUAAUGGGUAACCCAUCAACAAAAACAACCCAAAUGAGCUUACAUACAAAAACAAAAAGCUAACUGUGACAAUAGCAUAGUUUAUAUAUCUCGUUUUCUAAUACUGUACCUCUAAAAUACUGUACUGUAUGGCUGUUGUCAACUAGCACUUUGAAAUGAGUUAACUGUUGUCUCAGUUUUUUCAUGAACUUCUUGCACCAUCAAAAGCGUGAAACAACAAAAAAAGUUAAUUUUGCAGGAAGCAGCAAAUAAAUGACUAUUGAACAA